AUGGCAUUUUUAACUUCCUUAUAUGACUCAGGUAUAAGCAAGCUCAUCGAUACACAGUUUCUAGUAGAAAUUGCAAGAUUUGGAGGAUACUUGUCCGAUGACAUAAUAAACGCCUUUUUGGAUAUCAUAUCCCGUCUAGAAUCAUCCUUCAUUUCUUCCGGAUUUAAUCCAGUGAGGGAUUUGAACGACGAGGGAUGGCCUGGAAAUGCUGCUAUGAAAGCUCUUGAGAAGUUACAAGAACUUGAGAAGAAAGAAUUACUAGAAAAUGAAAAUAGUGAUACCCAUGGAGAAAAAUCACUUCAUGCUGAUGUUGCAAGAUUAUCGACUGAUUUCAUCAGGUCAGAUCAAAAUUCAGUGACAGAAAAUGCCUCCGAAUUUGCCAUUGAUGCAGACACAGAGAUGAUAAGAAUCGAAGCAGAAAAAAUAAAGAUUAGAUCCCGGGAUAAUAGAUUUUUACUGGACGAACGUAGUGAUGUAGGCGACGAUGGAGAUUCUUGCCAAGGGAAUACGAGCAUUCAAUCUGAUCAUGUUGAGCUAGGGACAGGUACGUACAAGGAAGAAGAGUGUUUACCAACAAGACAAAGAGAAGCUCCUGAUCCGAAAGAGCAAGUUGAAUGACUACAUAUCCGUUUCUAGUGGAGAUGAUCUGUUAAGUUUCUUAUGAAUGAAGCUAUUUUCAUUGAUUUGAUACAUGGUACAUUGGUGUAUAUAUAAUAAACCAAGAAUAUGAUAUCUAAGGAAAUACAAUUAUGUUUGGGCAAAAUAUUUUGUAAAGGGAAAUAGAUUGCAUAAUUAUAUAUGAA